AUGGCAUCAACUCAGGCCACGGGCGCAUGUGGCGACAGCCAGUUUGGUCCCAUUGUUUCUACAGCGGACUGUCGUGGGGGCUUCGACUUCACGGUGGCUUUCGAAUCCGGCAUUUUGAACAUAUUACCAGCGGCUUGCUUCCUCUUGUCGGCAACCUUUCGUCUUUUUCAGUUGUCUAGGCAGUCACCCAAAGUGCUCCCUUCCGCAUUCCGUGUGGUAACAUUAGCUGUCUCUGUAACUUUUGCAGCCAUUCAGGUUGCACUCCUGGUACUUGUCGCAACGCAGCACUUUGCUGGGGGGCGCAUCUUACUUGCGAGUGCCAUUUUCGAUCUUUUAUCGGCGCUGGCCAUUAUAAUCCUUGUUGACCUGGAGCAUUUCCGAUCCAUCCGGCCAUCAUUUCUUGCCUCCGCCUACUUGUUCGUCACACUGCUUCUAGAUCUUGCGCGGGUGCGCACGGCCUGGCUGCUACCUGACUAUCACGCAUACUCGUACUCAGUUUGCCUCUCUGUAUCUUUAGCCAUCAAGCUACUUCUCUUGGUACUUACAAAUACUGAGAAGCGGAAAUGGUUUGUGCCCACUGAAAAGGACCACUCUAUUGAAAGUUCGAGCGGACCUUUCAGUCGAGGCUUAUUUACUUGGUUGAAUGGCCUGCUGUGGAAAGGGCACUCCGUAUCACUGACCGGAGAUGCUCUGCCUACUGUUCAUAGAAAGCUCUUGUCUUCAGAAGUGUCUACUCGAUUUGCAGAUUCGUGGGCUCGCCGCACGCAGAAUGCACAGAAUGCGUUGCUCUUGGCGGUGCUCAAGUGUCUGCGGUGGGAAAUUGCGACAAUCGCCUUCCCACGGCUUUGUGUGGUGGGUUUUAGUAUUGCGCAGCCCUUUUUGAUUGGCAAAGUUGUCGCUGUCUUGCAGCAGACCAGCUCGUUGUCGCAGGACAUGGGCUACGGCUUAAUUGCAGCAACUGCCAUUGUUUUUACCGGGAUUGCUGUCUCUAGGGCCUCUUACGAGCACUUGGGAUAUCGUGCCACAACUAUACUUCGUGGCGGUCUGAUGGCUCUUGUCUUCCAGCAUAUGAUGGAUCUACCACUAGGAAGCACUGACGAAUCUAGUGCUAUGGCCCUUCUAGGCUCUGAUAUAGAGAUGCUCGCUGAAUAUUUCUAUUCGGUGGUUUGCGAGACUUGGGCUAACGUGCUACAAUUGGCACUAGCUACAUGGUUGCUACAAACCCAAGUCGGUGCCGUCUGUAUCGCUCCUAUUUUGGUGGUGAUAAUCUUCACCGGUUCUUCAUUUGCCAUGGGCAAUGCUGUUUCUGCUCGGCAAAAAAGUUGGCUUCGGGCUACCGAGAAGCGAAUCAACUUCACGACUUCCAUCCUGGGGUCUAUUCGUAACGUUAAAGUCCUCGGAUUGGCCGAGGUAAUGAGCUCUAUGAUCGAAAGAUUGCGCACGGAGGAGCUUGAAAUUUCUAAAAAAUUCCGCCAGCUCCAGUCAAUUCGUGUAUGCAUGGUCAAUUCUCCUAUAAUUGUUGGACAACUUGUGACACUCGCUGCCUAUGCGAUAUUAGCGUUGCUACAGGGCUCUGGAGGUCUUGCCGUCAACAAAGCCAUCACAUCAUUAUCGCUUAUAAGCUUGAUGAUUACGCCGCUGAGUUAUCUUUUGAUGGCGAUUCCCGACACAUAUGCAUCAGUAGGUUGCCUAAAUAGGAUACAGGACUUCCUCAUGAAUCCAAGCCGUCUUGAUAAGAGACAGCUUCCUCAGCCGGUAUCGGCUCACUCAAUUUCAACCGACAGUAUUUCCGGUAUCGAGCUACGUCCGCUUCCAAAGAGUUCACACACGCAGAAAGAAGUUAUCCUAUCACUGCGAAAUGUCCGAUUUGGCUGGAAAUCUCCCUCUCCGCCAGAGACACCCGGUAUCACACUUAAGCUUGAAUCUUCUCCCACUGGUACUGUCAUUAUCCUUGUCGGUCCAGUAGGCUGCGGUAAAUCCACCUUCCUGAAGGGCCUCGCAGGUGAAACACCCGUAUUGGAAGGGGAGCUUUUCAUCAAGUACCCGGAUCUAGCAUUCUGUGAUGAAACACCAUGGCUAUCCAAUGCAUCAAUACAGAAUAAUAUUGUGGGCCAAGACCCAUCUACGUUUGAUCCGGACUGGUAUCAUACCGUUGUCCGCGCAUGUGCGCUGGAUCUGGAUCUCAAGAAGAUGGCGGCAGGAGACAAGACAUCCGUGGGUAGUAAAGGGUCUAAACUCAGCGGAGGCCAGAGACAAAGAAUUGCUAUCGCGCGGGCCGUUUAUGCUCGCAAACGCAUCGCUUGCUUCGACGAUGUUCUCAGUGGCCUGGACAACGCAACCGCUCGGCAUGUCUUCAAUAAUGUCUUUGGUCCGGCUGGACUAUUACGUCGGCUGGGCUGUACGGUGUUCUUAUCAACUCAUACAAUCCAUCACUUACCCCAAGCUGACCUGAUCAUGGUUCUCGGAACGAAUGGCCAAGUCGUCAAGCAGGGCACCUAUACCGAACUUCGAGACGACGCGGACGACCUCACUCAGAUCCAUGGAAUCCGCCUCACGCAAACAGAUGAAGAGAAGAGAAUUGACGAGCUAGCGAAGCCCUCUAAUCACACUGCAGACUCCACUAGCGCUCCUUCUCCAGAUGCCCAUCGGCAGACGACCGACCUUACUGUAUACAAGUAUUAUUUCUCUGCGCUAGGCUGGUUCCGAAUUGCUGCCUUGCUUUUCUUCCUGGUUACCGAAGCCGGCAUAAGCGCAUUCCGCUACGUAUGGGUCGACCUCUGGUCCAGCAGCAGUGAUAACGCUACAGCCUCACGCCUAGGCUAUUGGCUUGGACUAUAUGGCGCAUUCUCCGUUAUUCAAGCUCUUUCCCUGGCACUUGCCGUAUUUGCCCCAUUGUCCUUCUUGUCGAAUGUUGAUACUGGAGUCCUGGUAACCCGCUUUAGCCAGGACAUGAGGCUGGUCGACAUGAUUCUACCUCGGGGUUUUAUAUCUACAGGGUUCCAGUUUUUUGGAGCUAUUGCCCAAGGCGCCACUGCUAUAGCUUCACUGCCCUACUUGGCAGCAGCUCUGCCGCUCCUGCUUGGAGUCCUGGUUCUGAUCCAGCGGUUCUAUCUCAAGACAUCUCGUCAACUGCGGCUACUGGAAAUCGAGCUCAAGAGCCCUCUAUACACCCACUUCAUCGAGUCACUAGCAGGAAUCACCACUAUCCGCGCCUUUUCCUGGACCCACGCCGCCACAUCUCGAAUGAUCUCCAUGCUGGACACCGCCCAAAGGCCCUACUAUCUUCUCUUAUGCAUCCAACGCUGGCUGAGUCUCGUGCUAAAUCUGAUUGUAGCCGCUAUAACAGUGCUUCUUGUUGGGAUCUCUUUCGCUCUCCGCAGUCGUGUUGACUCGGGCCUUUUGGGUAUUGCCCUUGUCAUGAUGAUGGAUCUGGGACUCGUUCUAUCAGAGCUGAUUCAGAAUUGGACUUUGCUUGAAACGUCACUGGGGGCCAUCUCACGUAUCAAGGACUUUGCCGAAGGAACCCCCGAUGAAGAGAGCAACACGGCCAUCCAGAGUCAUGACGAACUCCUAGAAUGGCCGACUCAAGGUGAGAUCGCAUUUGUGGAUGCGAGUAUUUCUUGGAAUUCCUUCGAGACAAAGCCUUUACUCGACAGCAUCAACCUUCGGAUCUGUGCCGGGAAGAAGUUUGGCCUUUGUGGCAGAACAGGAAGUGGCAAAAGUACAUUGGCACUAUCACUCCUCCGUCUCAACGAGAUUAAUUCGGGUCAAAUCUUCAUCGAUGGACAAGAUAUCUCCCUUAUGUCUCGAUCAUCAAUCCGACAACGUAUCAGCUGUCUCAGCCAAGAGCCUUUCCUUUUCCCCGGCACCAUCAGGCAGAACGCCGAUCCACUGAACAUCGUUUCGAGCACGCAGAUAAUUGAUGCGCUGCAAUCUGUUGGAGUUUGGGACUUUCUUGCGGCAAGCCCUGGUAGCACGGAUGAGGAUAUGCUGGAUUCAAUCCUAGACGACAGCAUUCUAUCGCAGGGCCAAAAACAGCUAUUCUGUCUAGCCCGAGCUCUGCUGAAGAGGAGCAAAAUCCUGAUUUUGGAUGAGCCAACAAGCAGUUUGGACCCGGAAACAGAUGCUAAAGUGCAAAAGGUCAUACGGGAGUCAUUCCGUGACUGCACCGUGAUCAUGGUGGCGCACAGAAUACAUAGUCUGCUUGACUUUGACCAAGUUGCUGUCCUGGCUAGUGGUCAACUGAUAGAAGUGGGGCAUCCACAGGAGUUGGUGAAUAAGGCGGAUGGAGAAUUUGCAAAAUUGCUGGAUCUGGAGUCCUGA